AUGACAACAAAGGAUCACCCGUAAAAACUUAGAGAUUUUAUAAAAUCAAUUAGAGAAUGCAAGACAGCAGCAGAAGAACGUUCUGUAGUAUAAAAAGAAAAAGCCUUAAUUCGUGAAUCAUUUAAAAAUAACGAAGAAGAAUAUAGACCUAGAAACGUUGCCAAAUUAUUAUUUAUUAAUAUGCUUGGGCAUAAUACUGAUUUCGGAUAAAUGGAAUGUUUGAAAUUAAUUUCUGCUUCAUCUUUUACUGAAAAAAGAAUAGGAUAUUUAGGACUUACUUAGCUUUUUCAUGAAUAAUCUGAUGUACUUUUAAUGGCAACAUCGAGACUUUUAUAAGAUUUAAAUAGUUCAAACAAUUAUGUAAUAAGCUUAGCUAUCAUUGCAGUAAGCGAAAUAUGUACAACAGACAUGUGCAGAGAACUAAUAGGAAAUAUAUUAAAAAUAAUGUAAAAUGGAAACUCUUUUGUCCGUAAAAAAGUACCUUUGGCAGCUGCUAAAGUAAUUAAAAAGCUACCUGACCAUAUUCCUGAUAUAGUUGAAAAAAUAAAUAAUUUAAUGGAAGAUCGUCAUCAUGGUGUAUUAUUAGCAACAUUGGGUUUAAUUGAAGAAAUAAUUAACCAUGAUAUUUAAUAUAAGGAUAAAUUUAAGAAAUACGUGCCCAUAUUUGUAAAAGUAUUAAAAGGUCUAUUGACAAAUCAUGAUUCAGAUUUUGAUAUAUCUGGUGUAAUUGAUCCUUUUUUAUAAAUGAAAAUAUUGAAGUUUUUCCGUAUAAUGGGAAAAGGGGAUACUUAAGUAUCAGAAGAAAUAUCAGACAUUCUAGCAAAUGUAGCAGGAAGUAUUACUAAUAACAAAAAUACAGGAAAUGCAGUUUUAUAUGAAUGUGUAUAGACUAUAAUGGAAACUGAGAGUAGUAGUCAUUUAAAGACUUUAGGAAUUAACAUUCUUGGAAAAUUUUUAUCAUAAAAAGAUUAUAAUAGUAAAUAUUGUGCUUUAUAUUUGCUAAAAUAAGUAGUCAAUUUUGACAUUAAUGCUGUUUAAAAACAUAAAUAAACAAUCUUGGAUUGCAUGAAAGAAAGUGAUAUUUCAGUUAAAUAAUUGGCUUUGGAUUUGAUUUAUGUUAUUACUAAUGAAGUUAAUGUUACUAGUAUUAUUAAAGAACUUUUUAAUUAUUUAUUAGCUGCUACAGAUGAAAAUUUCCUAAGAGAAAUGACUUAUAAAAUUUGCGCUAUUGUAGAUAAGCAUUCACCUAAUAGAAGAUGGCAUAUUGAUACUAUAAUUAAAAUAUUAACAUUAGCAGGAAACUACAUAAAAGAAGAAUCGACAAACAAUAUGAUUCAUUUAAUUUCUAUUUCUCCUGAAUUAUAAAGUUACGCAGUACACAAAUUAUACUUUUCCCUUGGUGAGAAUAUAAAUUAAAAUGGACUUGCAAAAGCUGCUGUUUAUUGUUUAGGAGAAUUCGGACAUUUAUUAAUUAGAGGAACUCCUGUGGCAAAUGAAGAUAAGAAAAUUAUUUUAACAGAAGAUGAAGUUUUAGAUUUAUUUUAGAAAUUGUUUGAAAGAAUGAAACUUCCUGAUUAUAUAAAAGAAUAUGGUCUUAAUGCUUUAAUUAAACUUUAUACUAAAUUUCCUUCUUCUUAAGGUAGAAUUGUUGAUUUAAUUGAAUCUUUUUCAACAUCUACAUCUUUAGAAGUGUAAAAAAGGUCAUGUGAAUAUCUUAAACUUAUAGAAUGCAUAUGGGAUGAAAACAGAAAGCUUAUUUUAGAACCUAUUCCUGGAUUCUAAUAGGCUAUUGAUUAAUAUUAAAAAAAGCCUAUUGGAGAUAUUGAUUAAGAAGAAUUCCCUGCCUCGGUUGUUUAAGGAAAUACUCAAUUAAUUACUAUUGAUAAAUAAGGAGGCUAAUCGUAAUUAAACGCAGCUAAUAAUAAUAAUCCUUUAGAUUUGAUGGAUUUAAUGGAUAGUACUACAUAACCUUAAUAAUAAUAAUAAUAAUAGUAAAAGUAAUAGUAAUAGUAAUAAUAAUAAUAAUAAAAUUCUAUUAAUCCUCUUGAUUUACUUGAUUUAUACGGCGGAGAUACAACUAAUAAUGGAAAUGCUUUAUAAUAAAGUUAAGGAUUUGGAUAAAAUAACUUUUUCUAACAACCUGCAGUUCCUGCUCAAGUAACCUAACAGCCAACUGUUAAUAAUUAAGCAGUUCAUUAGUUUACUGCUUAUUCUGAUAAUAAUUUAGAAUUAUUAUUUAAGUGUACUAAGAAUGGGAACGUUAUAACUAUUUAAAGCUUCUUCAAUAAUAAAACUGGAGAAAAUCUUACUGAUAUUGUAUUUUUAGUUGCUGUUCUUAAACAUUUAAAUCUUAAUAUGUAAGCUAUUAAUAAUACUAUUGUUCCUCCUUAUUCUUAAGGAUAAACUACUUAGAAUACUAAUUAGACACAAGUUUCAAACUUUCCAGCUGGAUGGUGA